UGCGGGAGGGGCCGCGCGGCGCCAACGGCCGGGCGGCGGCGGCGGUUGCGGGGCUAACGGCUCGCAGCGCCUCACCGCGCCGCGCCCGCCUCCCCUCACGGCCCGGCGGCGGCACGGAGCGCCCCCGAGGUCGGCCCCGGGCCGGGAGGAGCCUCCCGGGGCUGCGGGCCGCGGCCGGGGAGCCACCGGAGCCCGGUUGGGGGCCGGCUGCUGAAGAUGGCGACCCCGGGGAUGAGCUGGCAGCAGCAGCACGGCUACGGCGGCGGCUCCGCGCCCGCUGCCGCCGCCGCCGGGAAAUUCGGCGCCGGCCCUGCCCCCGGAGCGGGAGCCGAGCACAGCCCCGAGCUGCAUUUCAAAAUGAGCAAGAAGAUCGCCCAGCUCACCAAGGUAAUAUAUGCAUUGAACACUAAAAAUGAUGAACACGAAGCUGCCAUCCAAGCCCUUAAGGAUGCCCAUGAAGAAGAAAUUCAGCAAAUUCUUGCAGAGACCAGAGAGAAGAUCUUGCAGUAUAAAAGUAAAGUUGCAGAAGAAAUGGAUCUUAAGAGAAAGAUCCAGGUUUUGGAAGAGUCACUGGAAGAUCAUAAAAAGAUGAAACAUCAGGCUUUGACAGAAUUUGAAGCAUAUAAGGGUAGAGUUGAGGAUAUGCAGCUUUGUGCAGAAGCCCAGCAUGUCCAACGUGUAGUGACCAUGUCAAGAGAAGUAGAAGAGAUUAGAAAGAAAUUUGAGGAAAGGCUACGAAGUUUCAUACAGUUGCAAGUGCAGUAUGAGAAGGACAAGCGUACAGCUCUGGAAGACUUGAGAGCUGCACAUAGGCUUGAGAUUCAAGAACUUCUGAAGACUCAACAGAAUCAGAAUGCUACCUUGAGUAAGGGGCAAGAAAAGCUAGAGGAAUUGCACAGACUGGAGCUGGAAGACUUGAACAAUAAAGUUGAGGAGUUAAGACUGGAAAGAAAAAAACUCAUUGAGGAUUACGAAGGCAAACUCAGCAAAGCACAGUCCUUCUAUGAACAUGAACUUGAUUCUUUGAAAAGAUCUCAGCUUUUUACAGCUGAAAGUCUGCAUGCUUGCAAAGAGAAAGAGGUGGAGCUAAGAAAAGAAUUUCAAAACCAAGAAAGUAUUUUACGGAAGAACCUGGGAAAACUUAAAACUGAGUUGCAAAUGGUCCAGGAUGAAGCUGCAAGUCUACGGGAAAAAUGCCAAAAACUUCAAGUGGCUCUUAGUACAGCAGAAAACAAUGUUCAGGUUCUUCAAAAACAGCUAGACGAUGUGAAGGAGGAGGAGAUGUCAUUGCUAAGCAAACACAAAGAAGUGGAAAGUGAGCUAGCAGCUGCUAGAGAACGCUUACAGCAACAGGCCACCGAUCUCGUUCUCAAAGCCAGUCAUAUUGGAAUGCUUCAAGCUACCCAAAUGACUCAAGAAGUUACAAUCAGAGAUUUGGAAUCAGAAAAGUCUAGAUUAAAGGAAAAACUAUCCCAACUGGAAGAGGAAAGAAACUUACUACAAAGCAAAACACAGAGUCUGGAUGAGCGACAAAGACAGCAGAUUCUGGCCUUGGAGAAGAAAGUAAAUGAAGCAAGGGAGACACAACGUGAAUAUUAUGAGAAGGAGCUGGUAAAACUGCAAGCAAGAUUAGAAGGAGAGGCUGCACAGUUGAAGGAAGCUCAUUCAAAGACUUUAGAAGAAUUGACCUGGAAACACCAUACUGCAAUCGAGGCUGCACACAGUAAUGCUAAUAAAGAUAAGAAAAAACUGCAGAUGGAGUUGGAGCAGCAGUUUGAGAAAGAGAAACUGCAUUUGGAGGAUGAUAAGAAUCAGCUUCGACAAGAGCUGGAAAACCUGAGAGAAGAAUUGACAACAAAACUAACAUCUGCCAAUCAGGAGGUUUGUCGUCUGCAAGAUCUUGUACGAAAAAGUGAACAAGGCCUUGGUACUGCAGAAGGACAUAUCUCCAGUCUUCAGGAAGCUCAGGAAAUACUCCAGAAAGAACUAGAGUUAACAAGAGCAAGACUGCGUGAAACUACAGAUUCAUUGUAUAAUGUUGAGGGAGAACUAGAUCAGGAGAGACAACAGCACGAAGCAAUGAUUGCUGCCAUGAGAGAAGAAGAAAAGUUCAAAGUUGACAGAAUGGCUCGUGACUUGGAAAUCAAAUGGACAGAAAAUCUUCGACAGGAGUGUAAUAAGCUUCGUGAAGAGCUGAGGCUUCAACAUGAAGAGGAUAAGAAAGCAGCUAUGACUCAACUAUUGCAGCUGAAAGAACGUGAAAAAAAUGCGGCCAGGGAUGGAUGGCAAAAAAAAGUUGAAGAUCUUUUAGACCAGCGGCACUGUCUCGGUGAAGCUUUGCAUAAAUCUAUCAGCAAUAUCUCCUUGCUGAAGCAGAAUCUGGAGAUGCAGCUUUCCCAGUCACAGAGCUCUUUGCAACAGCUACAAGCCCAGUUCAGUCAGGAGCGACAGAGGAUGACUCAGGAGAUGCAGGAAUUAGAAGAAGAGCAUCAGCAAAGGCAUAAGUCACUUCAGGAGGCCCAUAUCCUUGCCUUUCAAAAUAUGGAAGAAACAAAAGAGCAAGAACAAAAGGCAUUAGAAGAACGUUUACAACAAAAGCAUUCAGAAGAACUCCAGGCACUCAAAGAAACACACAAACAAGCCAUGGAAGGUUUCAAAUUGGAGAUGGAACAGGAACUUCAGACUCUACGAUUUGAGCUGGAGGAUGAAGGAAAAGCUAUGUUAGCUUCCUUGCGCUCAGAGCUAAAUCAUCAACAUGCAGCAGCAAUUGACCAACUAAGGCACAACCAUCAACAGGAACUGGUAGCUGCCAAAAUGGAACUUGAAAGAAGCAUAGAACUUGGCAGAAGACAGGAGAAAGAAUUUUUAUGCCGAAUAUCAGACCUCCAAGAUGAAUUGAGACAUCGAGACCAUCAUAUAGCUGAACUGGACAAAGAGAUUCUGCAUCUUCAUGACAAUAUAAGUGCAUUGACCAAGGAACUAGAGUUUAAAGGGAAAGAAGUUCUUAGAAUACGCAGUGAAUCUAACCAACAGAUCAGGAUGCAUGAGCAAGAUUUAAGCAAGAAACAUGAGAAAGAGCUGGAUGUCUUGGCAGCAGAUCACAUCAGAGAGAAACAAAGUAUGCUGGCAGAUUUUAAUAAGACCCAAGAGCUGCUCAAGGAAAUUAAUUCAGCUUUACAAGUUUCUUUAGAAGAAAUGGAAGAAAAAUAUAAAAACAGAGAAUCGAGACCAGAAGACUUGCAGCUUAUCUCAGAACUGAAAGACCUAAUUGCAGAGCGGGACCAACUCAUAAAGAAAUUGAUUGAGGACAAAAAGUUCUAUCAGCUGGAGCUAGUUAACAGGGAGACUAACUACAACAAAGUGUUUAAUGCAAGCCCAAAUGUUGGUGUUAUUAAUCCAUUGGUGAAGGUUAUAUCACCUGCAUGGAAAGGGAAAGGAUUUUUCCCAGCUGUGAGGUCCACUUUGGAGCUAAACAAGCUCACGCAGCAAAAGAAGAAGAAUGAUAAAUCAACAAACAGGUUUGUGAGUGUCCCCAAUCUAAGUGCUCUGGAAUCUAGCGGAGUGGGCAAUGGACAUCCUAACCGCCUGGACCCCAUUCCCAACUCACCCAUCCACGAUAUUGAGUUCAACAGCAGCAAACCACUGCCACAGCCAAUACCACCCAAAGAGCCCAAGACGUUUUUGAGCCCUCCUCAGACUGAUGCUUCACCAGUGGCUUCACCAGAUCCACAACGCCAGGAGUGGUUUGCCCGAUACUUCACAUUCUGAGAGAUGAUUUGUUCUUGUGGCACAGCGUGACGUGGACUGUUUAUCAGAGCAUGACCUUAAGUAAACCCUCAUGUGAACAAGCUUUCCUGUAAUUUGUCAAACACUGUGAAUGAGAAAGUAUUUGUCUUUCUGAUUUGAAAAUGCACUGUAUUUCAUGUGAUAUUUGUUGGAAUCACUUGACAUGGUACUAUAUAAUGUGUGUAAUUAUAACUAUUAUUUUUAUUUAAAAUGGAAGAACCUUUAAACUUUGUAAGUACAACAUAAUAAAUUUUGGUAGAACAAACAUAAUGCUUUCCCCCUUUUUCCUAUAAAUGUUUUCUUUGAUUUCAGGUAAGGCUUUCCCCCCUAGAAAAAAUCGCAUGGUUGUUAUAAAUACAAUUUAAAUUGUAAAAGGAAAAAAUAUAUAUAUCUCACUCUCUCUCCAAUUUGGGCAAGAUAUGUUUAAUCCAUCCCAAUUCUACUAUGUUAGCAUUUUAAAAACUCUCCUCUUUCUAACAUUUAAAAGCCUUUUUUCUAACAUUUCAAAGGAAGAAUGUGAAAUAAAUCAAAAUCAGUGUAGCUGCUAGCCUUCAGAGCAGAGUGAUUUUGACAAGGCCAUAAAAACAAACCAGAUACUGUUCAUUGGGGCAGGGGUUUUGACUUCUUAACUUCUGCCUCUGAGACUUUGCCCUCUAGUUAUAAUUAAAAUUUUAUCAUUGAAUUUAAGCAGAAACUGGAUUCACAGAUUAUGUAUUUAUUUUAUUAAUACUAACAAAGACAAAUGCUUGAAACUUUUAGAAUACUAUGUACUAAGUAUCUCUGCAUAAAUCAAGAAUCUACAUUUUGAGCUUGAAGUCCUGCUUUGGAUAAAAAUCAUGUCUGAAAAAAAAAAAAGCCUACAAAAAGAAAAACAAAA